CUGUCUCCUUGGACGGGAUCGGCGGUAAACGACGAGCGGGAGAGAUGGUUGAUUUCGGUGUUCGAUUUCAGUAGGAGGCAACCGUCUUCGAGAUCGCCGGCGGAUGAGGGGUGGCGACGGCUGAGAAGAACCAUGGCUGAGGCGUCUAGCGGCGGGCGGGCGUCUGGCAGUGAUCGGCGGGUGACGACGGUAAACGACGAGCGGGAGAGAUGGUUGAUUUCGGUGUUCGAUUUCAGUAGGAGGCGACCAUCUUCGAGAUCGCCGGCGGAUGAGGGGCGGCGACGGCUGAGAAGAACCAUGGCUGAGGCGUCUAGUGGCGGGCGGGCGUCUGGCGGUGAUCGGCGGGUGACGACGAUAGACAUAAAAUCCGAUGGAGAUGUUUUUCAUGAGAUUUUCAGAGAGAGACCUCACCACAUUUCAGACAUGAGCCCAGCUCACAUUCAAAAAUGUGAUCUUCAUGAGGGUGAUUGGGGAAAGGUUGGAUCUGUUAUCUUCUGGAACUACACCCAUGAUGGAAAGGAGAGGGUGGCAAAGCAGAUAAUAGAAGCAAUUGAUGAGGAAAAGAAGUCGGUGACUUUCAAGAUGAUUGAAGGUGAUCUUAUGGAGCUCUACAAAACCAUGAAGAUCAUUGUCCACGUGGACACCAGCGGGGAUGACAACCUGGUGACGUGGACUUUCGAGUACGAGAAAAAGAGUGAAGAUGUUCCAGAUCCGCAUACUCUCAUGGAAUCUGCCCUUAAAGUCACCAAGGAUAUUGAGGCACACCAUCUUCCAAAGCCUUAAUUAAUUAUUUGAGUGUCUUAUAUGUUCUGAAUUUCAUCUGCUCAAGCUCCCUAUUUAUGCAUCUUUAAUUUAUGUGUGAUAUAUAUUAUGAGCGCGGUUGAUAAAGAAGUUUGAGAUUGUGCUCAAGUGUGUUGUAAUAUUGUGAUUAUAUGAAUAAUAAUGGACUGUAUGCGUGAUUGUUGUAUGAUCCCUAAUGUUUGAGAGUGAAUAAAUCGUGGUUUUAAUACAUGGGGUUCGAGAAGUACAGUGCAAUUCAAUAGUCAUUAACGUGCAAUUUGUAUUACACUAUUGUGCACACAUUGUGCAUGAGUUAUUUGCGCCUUGCCUCAAAUCAAACUAAAAUCAAAC